CAGGCCCCGCCCCCUCCAGGCCCCGCCUCCGCGCCCCGCCCACCCCGCGGCUCCCGCGUGCGCUGAAGAUGGCGGCUGCGGUGGGAAGGUUGCUCCGGGCCUCGGUUGCUCGACAUGUGAGUGCUGUUUCUCGGGGCAUUUCCGCUUCUGCAGUCCUUAGACCUGUUGCUUCUAGGAGAACACACUUGACAAACAUACAGUGGUCUGGCUCUGCUCUAUCAAAAUGCACUUUCAGUACCAGUUCCUCCUACCAUGCUCCUGCUGUCACUCAGCACGCUCCCUAUUUUAAGGGUACUGCCGUUGUCAAUGGAGAGUUCAAAGAGCUAAGCCUUGAUGACUUUAAAGGGAAAUACUUGGUGCUUUUCUUCUACCCUUUGGAUUUCACCUUUGUGUGUCCUACAGAAAUCGUUGCUUUCAGCGACAAAGCCAAUGAAUUUCACGACGUGAACUGUGAAGUGGUUGCAGUCUCGGUGGACUCACACUUCACCCACCUCGCCUGGAUCAACACCCCGCGGAAGAAUGGCGGUUUGGGCCACAUGAACAUCGCACUCUUGUCAGAUUUAACCAAACAAAUUUCUCGGGACUAUGGUGUGCUUUUGGAAGGUGCUGGUCUUGCACUCAGAGGUCUCUUCAUAAUUGACCCCAAUGGAGUCAUCAAGCAUCUGAGCGUCAACGAUCUGCCUGUGGGCCGGAGCGUGGAAGAGACCCUCCGCCUGGUGAAGGCAUUCCAGUUUGUGGAAACCCAUGGAGAAGUCUGCCCAGCAAACUGGACACCAGAUUCCCCUACAAUCAAGCCAAGUCCAGCAGCUUCCAAAGAGUACUUCGAGAAGGUAAAUCCAUAGAUGAUCCCCCGUGCCCGCUGCAGCUUCUGCCAGAAGAGAACCACAGCUGGAACCUUUUCAGCAUUUCAAGGAUGAUUAUUUAUAGAAGGCAAAACCUAAUUAUGCUUGUAUUUAUAAAUAUGACUCUAAAUGUUUUGUUUCUGUAACACUGGCUAAGACUAACAAUAGUUGCUAACAUCAGGAGUUGUUGGGAACAUCUUUAUGGCUGGUAAGUUUCCCCUGAAGGCCUGCCGCCCUGUUUCUUAGGUCAGGUCUUCAGUGGAUAAAGAAAACUCUCUUAGCCUUACUUGAACCUUUGUCUACACCUAAGUAGCACAACAAGCACUGAAAGCUUCUGAUCAAGGGUCCUGAAAAUUUCUUCUUGAAUUUCUUUAUAUUAAACUGCUUUUUUUUUUUUUUAACGUAACAGAUCAUAGUUUUACAUUAUUAACGUCAGUAGUCCAAGUUAACUCUCGAAAUGGAUGUACAUGUGAUGGAAAGAAAAGUGAAUCAUGUUUAAAAAACACGGUGGCAGAGUGACUUAACUGAUCAUGCAUGAUCCCUAUCCUGAGAUUUAUCGUUUACAUAGUUAUUUUACUCUUCAGGUGAAUUAGUGUCUACAUAUAUUGCUAGAUUUAUUUGUUUUUGGCAGUGCUGGGAUCAAAUCCAGCACCUCAUGCAUGAUAGGCAGGCACUCUACCAAUGAGCCACAUGCGCACUGCUAUUCCUAGAUACUGAUGAGGUAUAAUUUAUAUAUUGAAUUAUUAAACCUAGGGCUUUUUUUUGAAAUUAUUGUAAUUAUUUGCUUUCUUGAAGUGCUCAAUGUAAAAUGUAUCAUAAAAAAUAAACAUUUUAAAAUA